AAGAUGAUAUAGCAUGUCAAAGCACAGUCAAUUUCUAAACAAACACUUUAAUCUCUUGAAAAAAAAAACAGAUUGCUUGAAAUAGCAACAACCUCGUGGAUUCUGGAACUUUGUGAAUCUUGUUUCAGGUCUCGCUGGUUACAAAUGGCUCGCUCCUUUAAUCAUGGAUAAGGAGCUAAUCCCUCUCAUUAAAUGGGAGAUGGAGACAUUUACACACCCGGUGUGCGGUAUUCUUGUCUUUGCAUCGGUGUCAUUAUUCCCUGUGAUACUUAUUCCAACUACGCCGUCAAUGUGGGUGGCUGGGAUUACAUUUGGUUAUUUCUAUGGCCUUCUUCUUACUCUUCCAGCUGUAGCUAUUGGUGUUUCACUUCCUUACUUCAUCAGCUAUCUCUUCCUCAACAAAAUUCAAGGUUGGUUAGAAAGAUAUCCAGAUCAAGCUGCAAUGUUGAGAGCUGCUGGUGGAGGCAGUUGGUUUCACCAGUUUCGAGCUGUAACCUUAAUCCGGAUUUCUCCAUUCCCUUUUCCUCUUUAUAACUAUUGCGCUGUUGCAACUCGUGUAAAGUUCGGUCCUUACAUGGCUGGCUCUCUCGUAGGCAUGGCGCCAGAGAUUUUCGUCGCAAUUUAUACAGGGAUUCUUAUAAGGGCAUUGGUAGAUGCAUCCACUGCGGAACAAGAGGGUCUCUCGAUUCUUCAGAUAGUUCUCAACAUUCUUGGUUUUGUAGCAACUGUUGUGACAACUGUUCUCAUCACUAAGUAUGCGAAAAGACAGCUUGAAGUUAUGAAGAAGGAGAAGGAAGCUUUGUUGUUACAGUAAUGGAGACAACAACCUCGGAAGUUUUGUCUCUGCUUAUUCCAAAGUACAGGUUUUCUCCAUGAUGUGAAAAGAUUGUUGAUUGUUGGUCAAAUGUUUGGUUUGUUUACAGCCGAGAAAUGAAAGGGUAAAAAAGAAAAUUAUAAUGACUAU